UCCGUUCAGGAGCGGAAGCGGUGGUCCUUUCUCGGCGGAGCGCAGCCAUGGCUCGAGGACCUAAGAAGCACCUGAAGCGUGUUGCGGCUCCAAAGCAUUGGAUGCUGGAUAAGCUGACAGGCGUCUUUGCUCCCCGACCCUCCACCGGGCCCCACAAGCUGAGGGAAUGCCUGCCGCUCAUCAUCUUCCUCAGGAACAGACUGAAGUAUGCCCUGACUGGGGACGAGGUGAAGAAGAUCUGCAUGCAGCGCUUCAUCAAAAUCGACGGCAAAGUCCGCACAGACAUCACCUACCCUGCCGGCUUCAUGGAUGUAAUCAGCAUUGAGAAGACUGGCGAACACUUCCGCCUGGUGUAUGACACCAAGGGCCGCUUUGCAGUUCACCGGAUUACGCCGGAAGAGGCCAAGUACAAGCUAUGCAAGGUCAGGAAGAUCUUUGUGGGAACCAAGGGCAUUCCACACCUGGUCACGCACGAUGCCCGGACUAUCCGCUACCCAGACCCUCUCAUCAAGGUGAACGACACCAUCCAGAUUGACCUGGAGACGGGCAAGAUCACAGACUUCAUCAAGUUUGACACAGGCAACCUCUGCAUGGUGACCGGUGGAGCUAACUUGGGCCGCAUCGGGGUCAUCACCAACCGGGAGCGGCACCCUGGCUCCUUUGAUGUGGUCCAUGUGAAGGAUGCCAACGGCAAUAGCUUUGCCACCCGGUUGUCCAACAUCUUUGUCAUUGGAAAGGGCAACAAGCCGUGGAUCUCCCUGCCCCGCGGAAAGGGUAUCCGCCUCACCAUUGCUGAAGAGAGAGACAAGAGGCUGGCAGCCAAGCAGAGCAGCGGCUGAGCCCCCAACCACAGGUGUGGAACCUUCCCAGAGCUUCCUCUUUGGCAAAUAAAACCUUUUCCAAACUUG